AUGACGCCUUCGAUCCAGAGUCGGGACUCAGGAGGUGGCCACCAGGGUCAGCCGUCGCCUUCAGUGAGUUCCUCAACAGCGGGCUUCCCGUUCGAACAAGCAGUGCUCGACAACGGCGACGACGACGAUGACGACGACGACGACGACGACGAUGAUCGUGUUGGUCAUGUUGAUGAAGAACUUGGACGCUUCCUCUCCUCGCGGCUGGAACGUCGACGGAGCUCUUUCGCUAGAAACCUCGCCGCUGUGGCCGACAUUGGCGGUGUCAACAGCUUCAGAUCCUUCGCCCGCAGCUUGCAGAGGGCCGCUAGCUUUGCCGAAGUCAUCCCUCGCCGACCCAGCCUGAUCCUGGCUCCCGACAUACAACCUCUCGUGGACCCGACUGAGGGGGGUGACGGUUUACAGUACGAUCAGAGCGUCGCGAGCAAUGGGCCAACCUCUCGCACAAGCCUCCUGGCCCAGCAGUUCCACCCGUCCUCGCUCCCGACUCGAGGUUGGCCUUCAGCCGCUACGUCUCCCGGGCCCGGGCCGAGCCACAGCCUCGGCUUCGGCGCAGCGUCCGGCCCAGCCGGCUUCAUCGACAGGGAGCACAAGGCGUUCGAUGCGGAUACGGCUGCCGGCGUCCUGCCUGCCGGUUCACCCUCCAGCUCCAGCAUGUUCGCCAUCCCUCCUCACCUGGCCGCCCCCUCUGUUAUUGAAAGCUAUGGGUCCUUUAAAAGUUCCCACUACGGAACCAUCGGUACCGUGCCGCCACGAGGCUCGUUCAGCUUCGAGGGUGGGUGGCGGGCUCGCUUUGGGGAGCACGACGGCGACGGCCUCGAAGGGGACGACGAGAACGAUGCUGCCCAUGGCGAGGAGCGCCCGAUACUCGUCAAGGAGAUCAAGCAGGGUGACAAGGUUGUACUUACCGUCGAGGGGCAGAGCACCCUACCUCAGUCUGUUUUUAACUCUAUAAACGCCAUCAUUGGAGUCGGCUUGCUGAGCCUGCCCUUGGCCUUCCAGAUGAGCGGCUGGAUCAUUGGCCUCGCUCUCCUCACGCUGCUGGCUCUUGUCACCGCGCACACCGCCAAGCUGUUGGGGAGGUGCAUGAAUGCCGACGCCAGCGUCAUAACCUAUUCCGAUCUGGCAUACGUCUCCUUCGGUACCAGGGCCCGCGUCGUCGUUUCGGCUUUGUUUACACUCGAAUUACUCGCCGCCUGUGUUGCCCUCGUCAUCUUAUUUGCCGACUCCAUCGAUCUCCUCCUACCCGGUGUCGCCAGUGUCGAUGUUUGGAAAUGCGUUUGCGCCGCCUUGAUUUUGGUCCUUAACGCCUUACCGCUGCGCUGGUUAAGUUACACGAGCGUCAUCGGCAUCUUUUCUACAUUCUGCAUCGUUUGCAUUGUUGCCGUUGACGGACUCGUCAAGGAGCACGCGCCAGGCUCCUUGUGGGAGCCUGCCGCGACUCAUCUCUUUCCUUCAAACUGGCUGGCUCUCCCACUUGCGUACGGUUUGAUGGCUAGCCCAUGGGGUGCACACUCUGUUUUCCCUUCGAUCUAUCGAGAUAUGCGUCAUCCUCGCAAGUGGAAAACGGGCGUCAAUAUCACGUUCUCCUUUUCCUACACGUUGGACACAUGCUUGGCCGUCAUCGGUAUCUUGAUGUUUGGCGAUGGUAUCGAAGAUGCCAUCACCUCCAACCUCCUCAGGACAGACGGGUACCCUAAAACCUUGAACAUCCUGAUGUGCAUCUCCAUCACCAUCAUCCCGCUAACCAAGAUCCCUCUCAACGCCCGUCCCCUCAUUACCACCGCCGACGUCAUUUGUGGCGUUAGCAACGACCGUCGGCCCCAUCGCCAUAACUGGCUUGAAGCAAAUCGACAAUCGACCAUCAUCAUUGCUUGUGCCAAGGGCCUGAUUCGCGUCGUCGUCGUCCUGACUCUCCUAUCAAUAUCGAUUCUCUUCCCCGCCUUUGACUCGGUCUGCGCUUUUCUCGGCGCAGCACUGUGCUCGCUCAUAUCGAUUAUUCUGCCCAUUUCUUUCUACUUGAAACUAUAUUGGAAAGACAUCUCACUGGGGGGGCGUGUCACUUACUGGGCUAUUCUGUGCUUCUUUUCGAUGUUGGGGAUGAUCGGCACUAUCUGGACCUUUCUGCCAAGGCAUCUCGUCGGUGCAGGGCCUGGAAGUGGCAUGCAUUGA